GGUCAAUCUGAUUUGUCUCACAUUUUCAACAUGGCGGUAAAUCUGACAGAGCUUUCUCUUCCUCAGUUGGAGGGACUAAAGACUCAAUUUGAGCAGGAGGCAGAGUUUUUGACCUCCUCUAUAGGUCAGCUCAAAGUUGUCCAGAUGAAAUAUGUAGAAGCUAAGGACAGUUUGAGUGUCCUCAACAAAAACAAUGCAGGAAAAGAAUUGCUGGUGCCCCUCACAAGCUCUAUGUACAUCCCUGGAACACUUAAUGACGUGGAACAUGUCUUAGUGGAUGUGGGGACAGGAUACUACGUUGAAAAGAAUGUUGAUGGCACAAAAGAGUUUUUCAAGCGCAAAAUAGAGUUCCUCACCAAGCAGAUAGAGAAGGUUCAACCGGCUCUGCAGGAGAAACAUGGCAUGAAACAAGCUGUAAUUGAGGGGAUGAAUAUUAAGAUCCAACAGCUUCAGAGUCAACAGGCUUCACAGUUGGGGACCACUGAAGCCUAACCAGGUGAAGAUGGGGCUUACACCAGUCUGCUUGGGUUCUUCAUGAUGGGGAUUUAGAGUUACUGAAAACAAAUUCUGCAUGAACUGUUAAUUGGUUGAUCUAAGGUAAAAGUGAACGAAAG